CAUCUCCGGACAUCUUCGUGUUGAAUGAACUUGCGCCUUGCAUCCGAUCCGCUACAGCUUUCUUCUGUUUUUCUAUUACUCACAUACGCACCUCGUUGAUUAAUCGAUAACCAGAUUGGGAAUGUCCAUAUCCACGGAUCCUGCUAGCAACAAAAUUUAUCGAGACAUCUGGAUACUCCUGCAGGAACUGGGAGCUCCCGAUCCGUUCGUUCAAGAUUUUGAAAGAGAUGGGCGGAAUAAGAUCGCUGAACUGGACUGCCGGAUUACGCAGCUGUUGCGCAAAUUCUAUGGCACGCGUGCCGUGGAAGCAGGUGUCCAGGCGAUAGUUGCGGAGAGCGCUAAUGGCGAUGGACUUUGCGCUCAGGCAGUGCCAACGCUUGGCGCAACAAUCCAGACUGCUAUGACUGGUCAGCCGAAGACAGCAACUAACGUCGGACACAAUGACAGCGUUGCGACGGAAGUGAACCCGACCAGUUCGGGGAGCGAUAACCGCCAAGGAAAACACAGCGAUGGCGGCGCUGAACAUCCCACGCGUGCGGUGUCCGAUGCGGUGACGAAUAACGUGGACGCCAACGUCCCGCCGACAUUAGACCGUGUAGUACACUUUGUGGACGAAGAAAUUCCGUUAACGGAGGCCAUGGCGACACAGAAGAAGAAACAGCCAGCUGCGAAAAUGAGGGUGAUGUCGUCGCCAUCUGUUCGGAGCAAGUCGGAAGUCAAAGCUGUGCGAAAGCCGGGGAAGACGCCGUUGCCGCCGCCAGUGGUGCGGCGGUGGCCUGGUUGGCUGACGGAGAUGAUGCCCAGGCCCUUCCCUUAUUUUCCGCAGAUAGGCGACGUGGUUUACUAUUAUCGGCAAGAACAUGCCGUGUACAUUAUUAACUGGCUGAUGGAGGGACUUCCGGCCACAGCGAUCAAAGGCCAGAUGCAGAAUUUCAGAGACAAGGAAGAGCUGAAAAUCGUUGACAUGAAGUUCGUUAAUGUCAGUGUCCAGCACACUCCACAAGAUGCGCCCAUGAUUUACCACGUAGCAGAAAUAGAGAUGAAACGCAAGGACAGCCAACUUAAUGAGAAGACAUUCACGAUUAGCUUUCAUGAAGCGUCGGAUACUAAAGAUUUUCUGGUUUUGGAACAUCAUGUGUUGCGCAGCCGGAAUGAAAUGUGGGAGGAAGGAUCGCGGGUGAAAAGUCUGUUUUUGGAAAACGGCGAACUGCGCUGGUAUAAGGGCACCAUCGAUGCCGCGAUUCCCGACGCUGCCGGCAUGUACCAUAUGCUUAAAGUCAGAUUCGAUGGGUCGAAGGAUGGACCAGGGUGUGUGGAACCGGCCAGCCCAUGGGAUCUUCGACUACUCUCUAAAGAAGAAGAACUAGCGCAAGAUGGUGCUGUCAUCACUUCAGCUGAACUGCACAGCAUGACCUACGAACCAACACCGGCCGAUUGGAACUACCAAGACCCCGCUACCGAAACCAAGCGCAUCUUGAAGCUGCUGAAUGCCGUAUCUAAGUUGCCAGAGGCGGCAUGGUUUGUGGUCGCUGUCGAUUUAAAACGUUAUCCCGAUUAUGCUGUGGAAGUGGCAUAUCCUGUAGAUCUCAGUACCAUCCAGCGACGAGUGGCGAAACAAUUCUACAGACGAAAAGAGGCGUUGAUAUUCGACUUCAAGCAGAUCGCCAUCAACAGCGAGAAGUACAAUGGGGAUGCGCCCAUUUCCAUGCAGGCCCACGUUAUAGCUGACAUAUGCACUGACUUCACAAACGAUCCAUCGGUCCACGCUUUGCAAUCCACUUUCAUUGAAAGCGUUAAGAUAAAGUGGAGUACGGAAUUCGAAGCCCGCAAGAAAUCUGCAUCACGAGUGCCUGCCAACGCGCGCACUGGCCGGCCCGAGGAAUCGGGCAUGGAACCCGCCAACGUUCCUCAGGUUAUGCCAGAUGAGCCCACCAAACAACCGUAUGGUGCAAAUCCAGGUCAUGAACAACGGGAAACUGCCGGCAUAAUUAAACGCACAGUAUCCGGGCGGAUAGUGAAGGCACCAAAACUUUAUGAGCCGGUGUAAGGCUAGUAACCAGUGACAGUCUGAAAAUGUAUCCGGACGGUUCGGGAUGGAUGAAUUUUAAUAGAUAACGACGUUGCCAGUUGUCAUAACGUGUGCAGAUUUUUAAUUAUUUUUUCAGGGAUAUUAUGUAAUGAAAACUUCCUGUAAGUUGUGAAGAACAUUAAGGACUUCGCUGUGAGCAUUAAGCAAUCAGUAGCAAGUUUGUUAUCUACUUCCGAGUGCAAUAAGAAGUUUUCGAACAUCUUGUUACUUAAUUAGAAUAUUUUACAGCAGUCGUGGUCGUUAAGUGUUCAAACUGAUGGU